UUUGACUGGUGCUGUACAGUGUGGGCUCCUAGUCUUUUGCAUUAAGCAGAGUUAAACUUCCUUGUUCUUUAAAGGGGAACAAUAGGUCUGUUCACUCAAGGGCGUGACAAUAGGUCAUGCCCUUGAGUGAACAAUUCUGUCGCUAACCUCAGUAAUCAUUUUGUUCCACGCUCAUUUGUCAGACCAGCAAAAGACAGUAACUACAGUAUAUUGUCACCUGUUUGGGAAGGUAUCUUCAUACAGAGUAACCUGAAUUGCUCAACCUCAUUCCUAACACCUUACUAAUGACUUGGACUGUCAACUAGCAUUCUAUUUUUCAAUACAAAAUGGACCGUUCUGGGACAAUUGCUUUUUAUCUGUAGGCGAAUAGGCCUAGCAAUGACUUUUCCAUUAUCAGUGUAUCUCAACAGUUUCACACUGUGAUUAUGUACAUUUAGUCAGUUAUCAUGUGGUUUUUGGUGACACACUUCCGUGUUCUUGACUGACAUGUUUUUCUUACCACCUGUCACAGCCUCAUCAUGUGGGCUCUAUGUAUAAGAGUGACACAUCUAAACCUGAUGCACUACCUUGUCAGGGAACAUUGCGACAAGGGGAACCUAAAACACGUGUUAUAAACAAGAACGGUCACAUUCUUAAACACCUUACUACUAGGGAGUCUUAAUAAGUCAGUCAACUAAGUUACAACGGGUGUCAGUUGCCUCCAUUUCAGAUGAUUUUGUACUCGACUAGAACACAGGGUGUCACAGUUUGUAUGUUUUGGUUAGAUCUGAACGUUAGUGAUGGACAGUUACAACGAUUUCAGUUUGACAACCCAUUCUGAAGACUAGUGAGAAGCUACAGUCAUGAAGAGGAGCACUGCACUGUUGCGUCUCCUGUCCGUCUCAGGACUGUGUUACCUGACUCUCAGUAUCUCCCCUCCUCAGUAUCAAUAUAUUAGCCUUCAAAUUAAUUAUAGCCAAGCCCAGACUUACUGUAGAGACAUGUACACUGACUUGGCAACCAUCUACAACUCAGGGGAUCUGGAUAGACUUGUACAAUUGGUACCGAAUGGUACAGCCAGUGUCUGGAUAGGACUGGAGUUUGGAGAUGAAUUUGAGUGGCACUGGUCAUUACCAGAUCAGAGAAAGAUGGAGUUUUUCAACUGGAGGGCAGCAGAGCCGAAGCAAAACAAUACUCAAGACAGCUGUGCUGCAAUGGAUCCAAACGGACAGUGGUUUGAGGAUAACUGCCAAAUCAAAAGAGGUUUUGUUUGCUUUGAUGGGAAAAACGCUAGUAACAGUCACAUCUUCAUUGAUGACAGCAAGACUUGGAGAGAGGCUCAAGACCACUGCCGGGGUACGUACACAGACCUGGCCAGCAUACGGUCCAGAGAGGAAAACCAUCACGUCCAGAACAUGUCACUGUCCCAGAGCAUGUGGAUUGGUCUCUUCAAAGACCCAUGGAAGUGGUCAGAUGGGAGCAACUCCUCAUACCGCUUCUGGAAGAACAAUCAGACUAACAACUUCAGAGGGGACCAGAACUGUACUUCUGUUAUACUCAACGAUAACAAGUGGAAUGUCCAGUGGUGCAACAUCAGUUGGGGGUUUGUGUGCCAUGGUGAAAUGAAGCGACCCACUACCCAGAUACCACCUACAACUCCUCCCACAGCUACUGUGCCACAAACAACUCCUCCCACAGCUACUGUGCCACAAACAACUCCUCCCACAGCUACUGUGCCACAAACAACUCCUCCCACAGCUACUGUG